UUUCUUCGGCCCAGAUCAGAAUCUGGCCAGGCCUCGCCCUCCCCGACCGGAAUCCUCGUCUCGUCCGGCUCCGGCGAUCUCCUCCUCCCCCGCCGCAGCCGGUCAGCAAUCCGCCCGGGAUGGGGAGCACCUCCUCCAUGCUCACCCAGUACGACAUCGAGGAGGUCCAGGACCACUGCAGCCACGCCUGCGCUGGCUCGCUAGUCUCGCAGCAGGAGAUCGUGUCUCUGUACCACCGCUUCUGCCAGCUUGACCGGAACGGCGGCGGCUUCGUCUCCGCCGACGAGUUCAUGACCGUCCCCGAGUUCGCCGUCAAUCCCCUCUCCCAGAGACUCCUGAGGAUGCUCGAUGGGCUGAACUUCAAGGAGUUUGUGGCGUUUUUGUCGGCAUUUAGCCCCCACGCAAGCCUGCAGCAAAAGAUUGAAUUUAUUUUCAGGGUUUAUGACACCGACUGCAACGGGAAGGUUGCAUUUGAUGACAUCUUGAGUAUCCUGCGAAACCUGACGGGUUCGUUUAUGACAGAGCAACAGAGACAGAAAGUUUUGACUCAUGUGUUAGAAGAAGCCGGCUACACAAAAGAUUCACAUUUCACUCUACCAGACUUUAUGAAGGUUCUAGGCAAUUCUGAUCUCAAGAUGGAGGUUGAAGUCCCCAUUGACUAAGUACUUGUAUCAUCAUGCUGUUGCCCAGAGUGUAUGCUCAUUUAUGUUAGCUUGAGCAGAUGGAUUAUUUAGAUCCUUGUACUUCAAAUCAUGAUCGAAGUUGUAAUUAAGAAACAUCUGUACUUGCUAUAUGGAGGUUUAGCUGACUCUUUUAUAUGUUCUUUACCUCU